GAGAUUGCACACUUCUCCUCGCAACUAACAAUACCUCGCACCUAGUCACCACCGCACCAACCGCGCGCGACCGGCCCCCCGUCAGUCGAAAGCUGAGCCUGAGCGAGCAACUGAUGCCGCUAGCUAUAGCUGCUGCCUGCAGCACGCAGCGCCCGUAACCUAACGUAUCAUUUACUUCCAUUGCACUGCACAUCCUGUGAGUUCGUUGUCUGAGUGAGAGCUGGACGUGCUGCACCGAGCUCCUGGCCGAGAUGCUUGCCGUGUCGCCGGCGAUGUGCCCCGACAUUGAGGACCGCGCCGCGGUGGCCGGCGAUGCUGGCAUGGAGGUCGUCGGGAUGUCGUCGGACGACAUGGAUCAGUUCGACUUCUCCGUCGAUGACAUAGACUUCGGGGACUUCUUCCUGAGGCUGGAGGACGGUGAUGUGCUCCCGGACCUCGAGGUCGACCCGGCCGAGAUCUUCACCGACUUCGAGGCAAUCGCGACGAGUGGAGGCGAAGGUGUGCAGGACCAGGAGGUGCCCACCGUCGAGCUCUUGGCGCCUGCGGACGACGUCGGUGUGCUGGAUCCGUGCGGCGAUGUCGUCGUCGGGGAGGAGAACGCGGCGUUUGCCGGGGCUGGAGAGGAGAAGGGAGGGUGUAACCAGGACGAUGAUGCGGGGGAAGCGAAUGUCGACGAUGGAGCCGCGGCGGUUGAGGCCAAGUCUUCGUCGCCGUCAUCGACGACGUCGUCGUCGCAGGAGGCUGAGAGCCGGCACAAGUCAUCCAGCAAGAGCUCCCAUGGGAAGAAGAAAGCGAAGGUGGACUGGACGCCUGAGCUUCACCGGAGGUUCGUGCAGGCGGUGGAGCAGCUCGGCAUCGACAAGGCCGUGCCGUCGAGGAUACUUGAGAUCAUGGGGAUCGACUCUCUCACCCGGCACAACAUAGCCAGCCAUCUUCAGAAGUACCGGUCACACAGAAAACACAUGAUUGCGAGAGAGGCGGAGGCAGCGAGUUGGACCCAACGGCGGCAGAUUUACGCCGCCGGUGGAGGUGCUGUUGCGAAGAGGCCGGAGUCCAACGCGUGGACCGUGCCAACCAUUGGCUUCCCUCCUCCUCCGCCACCACCACCAUCACCGGCUCCGAUUCAACAUUUUGCUCGCCCGUUGCAUGUUUGGGGCCACCCGACGAUGGACCCGUCCCGAGUUCCAGUGUGGCCACCGCGGCACCUCGUUCCCCGUGGCCCGGCGCCACCAUGGGUUCCACCGCCGCCGCCGUCGGACCCUGCUUUCUGGCACCACCCUUACAUGAGGGGGCCAGCACAUGUGCCAACUCAAGGGACACCUUGCAUGGCGAUGCCCAUGCCAGCUGCGAGAUUUCCUGCUCCACCGGUGCCAGGAGUUGUCCCGUGUCCAAUGUAUAGGCCAUUGACUCCACCAGCACUGGCGAGCAAGAAUCAGCAGGACGCACAGCUUCAACUCCAGGUUCAACCAUCAAGCGAGAGCAUCGACGCAGCUAUCGGUGAUGUUUUAUCGAAACCGUGGUUGCCUUUGCCUCUUGGACUGAAGCCACCUUCAGUGGACAGUGUGAUGGGCGAGCUGCAGAGGCAAGGCGUAGCAAACGUUCCUCCAGCGUGUGGAUGAUAUUUGCAUGAUAGAUUGAUGGUUCCGUUACUGACUGAUUGCUUAUCUGGUCAGUUCACCAAAAAAUGGGAAAAUUCGCCGACAUGUCCUUUUAUUUUUCUUUUGGCCUAGCGUUUCUUGGACAUCUCGUUUAAUUUUUAACUUGUGCAGAGUUCGAAAGACAUCUUUGUUUCGACUCCGGGAGAAAUUAACCUGCGUAUUGUAAAUGUAAAAUGUAUUGGCCGUGAGUUCUCAGCAGCUAAGAAUAAAUUAAAUAAUGGUCCUCCGAGUAGGGUUUACUUGA